CGAUAGCGGGCGGCUGGGAGUAGGGGCCGGCGCGCAGGAGUGGGGGCAGCAGAGAGAGGGUGGCGCAAGGUGGUCCGGCACUCCGCAGCAUCCGAGCCACGGGGAAGACGAGCGUCCAGGGGUGGUGACCUGCAGCCAGCAGCCGCCGAGAGCUACCCGAGAGUCGCGACCGCAGCGGAGCAGAGCAGAGAGAGCGCCGAUCCUCUUGAUGGGAUCCUGCCGAACCGGGGACCGCUCGCCGUAUUAGAAGAGGAACGCCGCCCUGUCGCGACCGAGAUUCCGGGCGCCGCCUGAGAGAGAAAGAGAGAAAGAGAGAGAGAGAGAGAGAGAGAGAACGACCGACCGCGGAUCAAGAGAACGAGAAUCGCGGAGUCCAUCGCGCGUCGUCCGCUCGCGUGUGCAUUGUACCUGUCGAUGCCCCUGCGUGGGAACCGCCGAGACGAUCGAUCAUCCCGUUCCUCCCGAACGGACGCGGACUUCCGGGGCUCGUCGUCGGUGUUCCGUGGGUAUAAUACCGUCUUCGUUAAUUAGAGAAGAGAGAAGAAGAAGAGGAGGAGAGGGCGGGUGCGCGCGCGAGAGCCACGAACGAGAGAGAGCCGGCCGACUGGCUGCGUGGCCCGCUGCCUGGCCGCCUUUAUAUCUGGAGCACCGAUCCUCUCUGAUCCCGUGACCUUGUGACACAACGAGACCCGCCGCCGCGCUCCCUGUCUCUCUUUCUCUGUCUCUCUGUCUCUCUAUUCGUAGCGGAUACACACCCACCCUCUCUCUGUGUGUUCCUCGCGCGCGUCGGUGUUCCGGUGGGUGCGCGAGGGGAGAAGCGGAGAGAGCGAGCCGCGGCACACACACGGAAGAGAGAGAGAGAAGAGGAGGAGAGACGGCUCUCUCGCGUACUAGCCGGGGCAGAGGAGGGAUGCGGAAGAUCAGGCUGAAGCGUUGAACAGGCUACACACCCUCCGCGGAAGCCGUCCGGGUGGCGCGUGUUCCUCCCGUCGCCGUCGUCGUCGUCGUCGUCGUCAUCGUCGUCGGCCUCUCGAGCCAAGGAACCCGGCCUCAGAACAAGUUUCGGCACAGUGCUCCCCGCUGACCCAGGACCGACCCCUCUGUCGUGACCUACGCACCCAUCGUACACACGCGCGCAUAUCGCUGCUCGCCGCCGCGUCCAACGGGGACGACUCUUCCGGAUAACCGCGAGAGAAACCGAUCGCCGAGAAUCGCGAGAGUACACACUCUCUCUCGCUCUCUCUGAGAAGGAUUCGGGGCCUGUGAGCUCGUCGAACUAGUCGACAAGCCUCCUUAGAGCUUGCUCGAGGCAAUUUCGGGCCCGGUUCGAGCUCCGUUUCGAGGCAUUCCGCUUCGGAGAGGCGCGUAUAGAACCCCCUCUGGCCGGAAAGUGGGCGCCAGUGCGCCAGAAAGGAGAGAAGAGAGGUGACCUGUGCGAGGGUUCGAGUUUGUUCGCGAAGUGACCGGGGAAACGGUUCUCUCCUUCGGAUAGGGAUCAAGCCGAUCGGAACACCGCCCGGCGAGAAGUGCGACUGCGAAGACACACGAACCGCGGCACUCUGCUCGCGGAGAGGGCGGAGAACGCGAGAGGUUGGUGUGGCCCAGGAGAGGAGGAAAUCGCGGUGGAACCGGCGGAACCGGUGGAAUCGGCGAGGACCAAAGGAACACCGGCGGAAUCGCUGAGGACCGGAAGCUCCGGGAGGAGGAGUAGGAGGAGGAGGAUCGAAGCCGCGCCGGAACCAUGAGCGAGGGCACGCCGAAGUCGCAGGGGAAGACCGUGCCCGAUGGCUCGCCAGCCCGACUCGAAGCCGGCGAUGGCGGCGGAACCGGCGGAGAUGGCGAUCCCAUGGUGGGCGGCGGGAAUUCCGAGAAGAAGACGGGAUACGAGACCAAUCUCUUCCUCUACAGUGACGAGAUGGAAGAUCGCCCUCGAAUCUCGACUCUGCUCAACAGUCUGUCGAAUUAUAGCAACACGAUCCCAGCUGCUACCGACGCGGAUGCGAAAACGCCGCCUGUGCAGCGCGGCGCGCGGAUGGGCACCCUGAUCGGCGUCUUUCUGCCGUGUAUCCAGAACAUCUUCGGUGUAAUCCUGUUCAUCCGUUUGACGUGGGUGGUUGGCACAGCCGGCGCCGUACAGGGUUUCUUCAUUGUGCUCUGUUGCUGCUGUGUGACCAUGCUGACCGCGAUCAGUAUGAGCGCUAUCGCGACGAACGGCGUAGUGCCAGCCGGUGGGUCCUACUUCAUGAUAUCCAGAAGUCUGGGUCCCGAAUUCGGCGGUGCUGUGGGCAUGUUGUUCUACACGGGCACCACUUUAGCCGCAGCUAUGUACAUCAUCGGCGCGGUGGAGAUCGUCCUGACGUACAUGGCGCCCUCGCUAAGCAUAUUCGGCGACUUCACCAAAGACCCGAGUAUCAUGUACAACAAUUUUCGCGUGUACGGUACGGGCCUGUUGGUGGUGAUGGGCAUCAUCGUGUUCGUGGGCGUGAAGUUCGUCAACAAGUUCGCGACCGUGGCUCUGGCCUGCGUCAUCCUGUCGAUCAUCGCCGUCUACGUGGGACUGUUCUACAACUUCUAUGGAAACGAGUCCCUCAAGAUGUGCCUCCUCGGGAAACGGUUGCUGAAGGACAUCAACGUGCUGGAGGACUGCAACAAGAACGUGAACGGGUCCCUGUACCAGGUCUACUGCAAGAACGCCACCUGCGAUCCGUACUAUUUGGAGAACAACGUCACCAUCAUCAACGGCAUCCGUGGACUGGCCAGCGGCGUGUUCUUAGAGAACAUAUGGGACAGCUUCCAAGAGGAGAACCAGCUGAUCGCUUACGGAAGCGACCCGAAGGACAUUGACAAGAUGGCGGAAAGCAGCUUCAAUCAGAUCCAGAUCGACCUCACGACCACGUUCACCAUCCUCAUCGGUAUCUUCUUCCCCUCGGUGACAGGCAUCAUGGCGGGCUCCAACAGAUCCGGCGACCUGGCGGACGCCCAGAAGUCGAUACCGAUCGGCACGAUCUGCGCCAUCUUGACAACCUCGACGGUCUAUCUCUCGUGCGUGUUGCUGUUCGCCGGCACCGUGGACAAUCUGCUGCUGCGCGACAAGUUCGGUCAAAGUAUCGGCGGCAAACUGGUGGUGGCCAACAUGGCCUGGCCGAACCAAUGGGUGAUCCUGAUCGGUUCGUUCCUGUCGACCCUGGGCGCCGGUCUGCAGUCGCUGACAGGAGCUCCGCGUCUUCUCCAGGCGAUCGCCAAGGACAGCAUCAUCCCGUUUUUGACCCCGUUCGCAACCAGCUCUAGCCGAGGCGAGCCGACCAGGGCCCUGGUGCUCACGCUGAUCAUCUGCCAAUGCGGCAUCCUGCUCGGCAACGUCGACUACCUGGCUCCAUUGCUGUCCAUGUUCUUCCUGAUGUGCUACGGGUUCGUGAACCUCGCCUGCGCCUUGCAGACGCUCCUGAGAACGCCCAACUGGCGGCCCAGGUUCAAGUAUUACCACUGGAGCCUGUCGUUCCUCGGGCUGUCCCUCUGCAUCGCCAUCAUGUUCAUGACCAGCUGGUACUACGCUCUCCUGGCGAUGGGUAUGGCCGGCUGCAUCUACAAGUACAUUGAGUACCGCGGCGCUGAGAAGGAAUGGGGCGACGGGAUACGGGGCCUGGCCCUCUCGGCAGCCCGCUACUCCCUGCUGAGACUCGAGGAGGGUCCCCCGCACACCAAGAACUGGCGGCCGCAGAUCCUGAUCCUUGCCAAGCUGACCGACGACCUGGUACCCAAGUACCGGAAGCUGUUCGCCUUCGCGAGCCAGCUCAAGGCCGGCAAAGGUCUCACCAUCUGCGUCAGCUGCAUCGGCGGCGACUACAUCCAGAACUCCGGCGAGGCCCUGGCCGCCAAGCAGAGCCUCCGCAAGACCAUUGUCGAGGAGAAGGUUAAAGGUUUCGUGGACGUCCUCGUGGCCAAGAAUAUCGUCGACGGGCUCAGCUCGUUGAUUCAGACCACCGGCCUCGGCGGAAUGAAGCCCAACACCGUCAUUCUCGGCUGGCCUUACGGCUGGAGGCAGUCCGAGAACGAGAGGACCUGGAGAGUCUUCCUGCAGACCGUCAGGGCUGUAGCCGCCGCUAGAAUGGCUCUGGUCGUUCCCAAGGGCAUCAACUUCUUCCCUGACUCCACGGAGAAGGUCGUCGGUUACAUCGACGUCUGGUGGAUCGUCCACGACGGCGGUCUUCUGAUGCUGUUGCCGUUCCUGCUGAAGCAACACCGCACGUGGAAGAACUGCAAAAUGAGGAUCUUCACUGUCGCUCAGAUGGAGGACAAUUCUAUCCAGAUGAAGAAGGACCUGAAGAAGUUCCUCUACGAUCUUAGGAUCGAGGCGGAGGUCGAGAUCGUGGAAAUGAUGGACUCCGAUAUAUCAGCCUACACGUACGAGCGGACCCUGAUGAUGGAACAGAGGAACCAGAUGCUGCGAGAGCUGCGACUGAACAGAAAGGAAGCCCUAGGCGUGGUGCAGACAUUGGUGGACUUCAACGAGGUACCCGCCGAAGACAAUUUACCUCUGGUGCAGGCGAUCGUCGACCACCACCACAACGUGGACGUGAAGGUGCCGACCAAGGUCAGGUUCCAGGAGCCGGGCAGCCAGGAGCCGGCGCAGGAGGCGGAGGCCGCCAAGGAGGCCGAGCCCGGCGACAGCAACCAGGCGGCCGGGGACGCGAAGGACGCCAACGACGAGCAGUCCCAGCUGAUCGGCGGUUCGCCCAAGCAGGAUAACAGGGAGAACACGGAGAAGGAGGCGAAGGAGAACGAGGAGAAGGAGGCGCCCGAGGCGAAGAAACCUACCAUCACACCUGACGAGGGCGACGUGAGGCGUAUGCACACUUCCGUGAAGCUGAACGAAGUGAUCGUCAACAAGAGCCAUGACGCUCAGUUAGUCAUUCUCAAUCUGCCUGGGCCGCCGCGGGACACCAAAAUGGAACGUGAAUCAAACUACAUGGAAUUCCUGGAGGUUCUCACCGAGGGUCUGGAGAGGGUGCUGAUGGUGCGCGGUGGCGGCCGGGAGGUGAUCACCAUCUACUCGUGAACUAAACCGGGAUGGAUCGAAGUAACCGCCUCGCAAAAGCAGAAAUCUAGUUUACUUCUCAAAGACCUAAACGACUUCACCCUAAGGAACACGUUGCUCUUGUGCCAUUGUCUGAGCAGUCACUUGCGUUUCGCGUUGUGAACAUUAACAUAAAACCCACGAUACACACGAACACGUACACUGCGCUACACACACGCAUACACACAUAAAUACAGAGAGAGAUUUACACGCGACACAUACAUACACACACACACACACACGCACGCACAUACAUUCGUACACACGGUCACCGGUCGGAACAACAAAGAACGGAUAAAAAAAGAAGAAAAGAAAAACCGGAGGCAGAAGCAAAAGUCGCGAGGAGACGGAACAAAAAAACCGAACAAAAAUACAAAAGGAGCAACGCGCACGAACGUGGACGCGCGCGGUUAUAUUCCGCGGACAACAACGGUCGACUCGGAUCGAGUAUAAAUAAAUAAAAUCGCGCGUUUAAGUAGGCUCGCUCCGAGGCGCGACCACCGUCGAAGAAGGCCAAAAGUGACAUGCCAAAGGAUAUAAAAGUUUCCUUUUAAAAUCGACAAAAGCAAAAAGAACAAAAAAAAUGAUAAUGAACUUCACACGUAAACUAGGAUCGUAACCGUAGGAUCUAUCUUAUUUACACUCGUCCCUUUUUUUCGAUGAGAUAGACAACAAGUGGUUUUAAUCCGUAUACACACGACAACAACAACAACAAAAAAAGGAGGAGCGAAAACGACAAAAAAAGAGAAAAAAACACGAUGAAAGCAA